AUGCUUCCGUCGGCCAAGGACUUUGAGUUCAAGAAACUUGUUGGCGAUACCAGCGAGUUCGAGGAAGCCCUGGCGACCUGUCAGGAUAAGUUCAAUUCAGUUCUACAGAAGGAAUACGAAAAGGCCGCCGAGGAACAGACGCGAUUGGCUGACCGCAUGAAGGCCACAGACAAACAGGCGGCCGAAGCUGUCAAUAAAAUGAACGCUUUGAACAAAGCACCCUUUUUGAAAUUGGUUCAGUCCAUAGACGAGCUAUCGAAACAGCUCAGCUCUGUCCAGUCGACAAUCUCGUCUAUUGUUGACGAUCUGUAUGCCAUCGACACCAAGCUUCCUCUGCCCGAGCAGUUUCUCGCUCCGUCGCUGCCGCACAAAGCCCAGUUCCCUGAAUUGACGCACCUCAUGUACGAAAAACAACUCCUCCAACCUGUCGCCGUGGAAAACGUGGUGGCAGAAGUGGAUAUCGACUGUCACAUCGCCCAAGCUGACAUUUCCAAAGCCGGCGUGGAUGUUCGAGCACAAUUGAGAUCGUAUCAGUCAUAA